GUAGGACCUUAUAAUUGUGAAACUCCUCCUUAGUGGAAAUAUAAAUUUUUUCUUGACUGCUUUCUGAUCCUACCUGUUCUCUGUUAAAUAUGCUCAAUUCCUAUUUUAAACGUUUGAUUUAUUUGAUUUUUCUUGCCUGGAAGUCAUUCACUCAACAGUUAUUAAUGGAAUUCUUUAAUGUACCAGGUCCUUUAAUAAACAUUGGGGAUAGAGAAAUGGUAAAGGCAGUUUCUGAGUCUAAGGGGUUUCCAGUUUAGUGGAGGGAAACACAGGAAUGGUAAGAGAAAGCAAGAAGUGCUUCAUGGUGGUUGGUGCAAGGUUCCAUGGCCUCUGAUUGGGGCAAGUGGGAAGACUUCCCAGAAGCAAUGACAUUUGAGAUGUAGCUUGAAGGAGGAUUGAAAGUUUGACAUUUGAGUGGGGGAAACAGAGUGUUGGAUAAGAGAAACCUAUGGUUUUAAGAACUCGGUGAGCUUGUUAGUGAGCCUGGAACACUGAUUCAGGCAGCAGCCAGAAGAGUGACAGAGCAUGAGGGUGGAAAUGAAGGUACAGUUAGGUUCCGGGGAGUUCUGCUUGCUGCACAGAAAGGUUAGGACAUUUUAUACAGGAGACUGAUGACUUUAGAUGGUUUUUACAACAUGGCUCUGGCAUCAAUGUGGAGAAUGGAUGGGUGUGGAGGUCAUUAGGAGAUUGUCGUAAUUUCCAACAGCAAAGUGAUAAGGGCUUGACCUAGGGUCAAGGUGGUGGGGGUAGAUGAAAGAUGGCAGUCGUGAUAGAAUCCAUGGCAAUGGCUACAGGAAUACAAAUGAGUUUGGGCAACUGAGUAAGUGAUGGCAUCAUUAACACAAACAAGGAGAAAGGCUCAACCCCCACCAUUUCGGCUCCUCAAAUCCAACCCACCCUUUAAGAUUUCUCUCAAGGGCCCAUUCCUUUACAAGUCUUCUUGCAUCCUUGUUCCCUUAGGGACCAUUCUCUUCCCAGAAUAGAUAUUCUGGGAGUCAGCAGUGGACAAUUUGCUUAGCAAGCAGAAGGCUCUUAUUUCAUGUGUGUUAAGUCUGUUUCCUGAACUAGAUGCAGGACUGUCAUUCACAAGCCCCAUGUCUCAUGCUUCCCUGAUAGUCAUCACAGCGACAAGUGCACAAUGUCAGCCAUUUACUGGAUGUUGUCUAGAGUAGGCAGCGGGGCUUGGUGCUGUGCUUCCAAAUGAAACCUUAACUUAAAGUAGAUGUGAAAUGUAGCCUCUCUGAUUCAUGCAGGGAUGAAGGCCUGGAGUCCAGGAUCCGUGGUUUCCUCCUAUCUAGGGCUCCAUGAAACACGGUUUGAAAACUUUUGGCUUAGUGGACUGGCUGUGGGUUUGGGGGUCAGAACUGAGUUCUGAUCCCCAUUCUGUCUCUUACCUAGCUGUACUAGAAUAGACAAAUGGGGGAACAAUUCUCGCUUUCCCUUCUGUAAAACAUGGGAUAAUUAUACUUCCAAUAUAGGCUUAUUGUGAGGACAAAGUAAGGCAAUGCAGGCAAAAAUCUGUGGUGCCUAUUAAGUGCUCUUAUCUACAACUAGGUCGUAGUUGUUGGUAAGAAUAAUAAUAAGACAUUUGCUGGCUGAUGGAAUAACUGAUCCUUAUUGGAUUGAUACUUGUUCAGCCUAAAUAAAUCUACUCUUGCUCAGGUUAGGAAGAGCCAGGGUUAGGGUGAAGUUAUGGGGGGAGCUUGGGAAUCAAAGGAUACCCAAUCUUGUCUUAUGCUGUGCUCCGUCCACACCAUAAACCCAUGAUCACCUACCUCUGCAUGAACGUCUAUCAAUAUUUAAUGUGUGGGUGUCAGUUGCUGUAAACUGAGCAUACCCCAGCACCAACUUGAAUUAAUUAUAUGCAAGAGGAGAGAAAAUAAAAUGCCUUUUCUUGAGAGCCCCAAAUUUUACUGGCCACACUGAAGCCUGGAAACCACAGAGUGAAAUUUCUACUGAUGGAGGACCCUGAGAAGAAGCUGAACCAGAAGAGUGAUGGCAAACCACGGAAAGUACGCUUUAAAAUCUCUUCCUCCUACAGUGGCAGAGUGUUGAAGCAGGUCUUUGAGGAUGGGCAGGAAUUAGAGUCGCCAAAGGAGGAAUACCCUCACAGUUUUCUCCAAGAGUCCCUUGAACCAAUGGAUGGUGUUUAUGGGUCUGGGGAAGCCCCCAAACCCCAGCCAUACUCCCCUAAGCUGACUGCUCAAAGGAUCAGCGUGUUUAGAGAGGGCAAUGCCUACACUUUGACGGGCAGUCAGCCUUUCUUCAAUGACUACAAGGCGAAUGAUCAUAAGUCCCCACCUAUUAUAGAUUUUGGAAAGAUCAUUAUCUACACGAAUAACUUGAAAAUCAUUCGAACCCCCAUGGACAAGAGAGACUUCAUGAGGAAAAUUCUCCAGAAGGAAGAGGAGGCUGAGGAGGAGUCUCUGAUGAGCAAAGAAGAAAUCUACGGAGACAGUGACCAGAACGAUGAGCAUUUGCCAGACGCAGGAGGCACAUUCCCCCAUAACCAGUACCCACAGGAAGGGGAGCUUCCCGAGGACAACUGUUUUCGCUGCCGAGGGUCGGGCAGCGCCACCUGCUCCCUGUGCCACGGCAGCAAGUUCUCCAUGCUGGCCAACAGAUUUAAGGAGUCCUAUCGGGCCCUGCGGUGCCCUGCCUGCAAUGAGAAUGGCCUGCAGCCUUGCCAGAUUUGCAAUCAAUAGCCCGUGGCUUUGUAUGUCCGCUGUUAUCGCCUCCUUCCUGAAGUGAUUUCUAAUAAACUGCUCCCUCCUUCUCUUCCUUCUCCCAGCAAGGAAGCCACGGUGGCUGUGACCACUUCCACCACUGGCAAAACUCAAUCACUUGAUGACAUUUCGUAAGGCUAGUAGCAUCUCCGUGUGGUCCUAAGUGGCAGAGGCAUUUUCGAAUUAGAGUCUGCUUUGAAAUGGGUUCUAAAAUUAUCCUUCCAGGAACGUGUGUGUGCAUAUUAUUUGACUUAGCUCAGUUUUUUCCCUUGCACUAGUGAGCAAAUAAAUGUCCAUUUCAGGCAGCAGGUUGAAGUCGUUUUCUGGUUGGGAGUUAUUUUGCAAAAUUAUGCAGUGAGGAAGGAAUAAAAAAGGCAGGUUUCUGAUGAACUGAAUUCCUGUUGCUUGUAAUGUAUUUGAAAUCAUUAUCAGUCAGAUUGAAUUUUUAAUUAACCAGAAGAGGACAGGGAUGUCCAGUGCCGAAUGUAUUAGCAGGCCACUGAAAACAAAAUAACAUGUACGUGCUUCAUGCUGAAGAUAGGCAAGCUGAGAAGGCUUUUCUUUCCAAGUCCUGAGUCUCUCCUGUGUGAUGUGCUAGGGUAGUAUUCAUGCAGGCAAUGAGCAAUGCUACUUCUUAAGACCAGAUGAGAUAAGACAUUUCUGUGUGCCUCUAAACUACUGAGGUUAUUUACAAGCCAAGUCAAAGCUAUUUAUUAUAAAUUUGGUGCUUAAGUAUGUGUGUGUGAUAUGACUUCUUGAAUUAUUAGCAAGUAAAUAAAUGUAUUUUAAAUCUAAGAUACAGCCACAAUCUCUUCAAAAAAGACUGGGUAUUUUAUAGUUCUCUGCUAGAAACCUCUCAAAGAAAAAGUAACCUGGGCAGAUUUUUAAGAAUUAUCUUUCUACUAUCUGUGAAUACACAUGCUGAAGGUAAUUCUUUCCUCUUAAAGUUGAUUAUAAAAUUAGAAAAAUAGUUUUGUUAAUGACCUUUUGUAGCUCUAAAGCCACUCCCCUUACCCCUUGAGAAUAACACUGUAAAAUCUGUUAUCUAUAGAGACACAUGGCUUUUCUACGAUAAUUUUUAUUUUCAUAAGUUAAUUUUUUUCAAAAAUUUUGGUUACCCUCUAAUAUUCACCUGUUAAAAGAAUCCAAUGGUGGAAUGCUUUUCAGGAAAUAUAAACACUUAUAAAAAGAUUAAAAUAAUUUUUGAAGCCAUAAUACAUUUUGCCUUUUCUCUCUGAGCCAGAAAAAUAGAACUAUUGCUCACCAACUUUCUUUGCUUCUGUACUUAACUAUUUCCUCACUUGGAUUAUGUUUGUGUGUUUUCCUUUUAAGAUUUUAUUCACUUAUUUGAGAGGAGAGUGAGUGUGCAAGCAAGAGAGAGAGAGAGCGUGCACACACAAGCGAUGUUGGGGGCGAGCAGAGGUUGAGGGAGAAGCAGAUUCCCUUCUGAGCAGGGAGCGUGAUGUGAGGCUUGAACCCAGAACCCCGGGAUCUUGACCUGAGCCGAAGGCAGAUGCUUAACUAACUGAGCCACCCAGGUGGCCCCUUGGCUUAUGUUUUCUCGCUUUCGACUCUGUUUGUUUUUCCAGAGGACCAGAUGAAGGAAUGAUAACAAGAGACCUUUAAGUGUAUUGUUCUCUUUUUUGACAGGAAGAUUCGACAACAAAUAUUUUGAGUCCUGUAUGCUUCAUGUGCAUUGUUGCCCAGAUGGGCAGCAACCCUUUGGUAGUGCAUGAGGCUUACAGUCUCAGUGGAGGAGACAGAUCUAUGAACAGAUAAUUCCAACUUAGUGUGACAAGUUCUGGGACAGGGGGAUUACAAGGAGCGUUUGAAGCACAUAGAAGGGACAUCUAACAUAGUCUGAGUGGGGUUGGAGAGGCUUCUCAGAGGAAGAAGUGUAAGCAUUGUUGGCCUCUUUUCCUUCCUUCAUGCUUUUCAGGGCCUUUAAUACUUUCCAUCCCAUGAUAAAUAUAUCCACUAAUAAUUACAUUUGUUUAUUCAGUUAACAAGUAUUUAUUGAAUCCUGGAGAUAUAUCGGUAGACAAAGCAGACAAAAUCCUAGCCCCCAUGGAGCUUACAUUUUGGUGGGGAGAUAAUGACAACUAACAACAUUUAUUAAAUAUGUAAUACAUACAUUUAGAGACAACUAAAAAGUAUGCAACAGAGAAUUAAAAUAUAUAAUUAUGUAUGUACCUAUAAUGUAUAGGUGUAGAGGGUGUUAGAAAAGGAUACAUGCUUUGAUGAAAAAGAAAACAAUAAGGGGCAUAGAGAGUUGGAAGGGGUUGAAAUUUUAUUUUAAGAUUUUUAAAAUUUCUUAUUCAUGAGAGACACACACACACACACACAGACACAGGCAGAGGGAGAAGCAGGCUCCUCACAGAGAGCCUAAUAUGGGACUUGAUCCCAGGAACUCCAGGAUCACACCCUGAGCUGAAGGCAGAUGCUUAACCGCUGAGCCACCCAGGCGUCCCAGGGGUUGAAAUUUUAAAUUAGCUUUCAGGGAACCAUCAUUGAGAAGGUUUCCUUUAAAUAAAGGCCCAAAGGAGAUGAGGAGUGGGUUGUGAAAGUAUCUGAGGUAAGAUUUUUCCAGGCAGAGGAAAUAGCAGGUGCUAGGCUCAUAAGAAGGAGAGCCUGACGUGUUUGGAGAGCUGCAAAGAAACCAGAGUGGCUGGAGAGCAUUGAGCAAGAUGACAAGUGACAGGAAAUGAGGUCAGGAAGAAAGGCCAUGCCUCCUGGCGUGAGGGGGCCCUUUCUUUCAAAGCCCUUGUAAGAUCUUGGGUUUACUGAGUGAAGUGCUGUUCUGGAUGGGGUCUGUUUUCUCUCAAGGUACACCCCCUCCUUCCAUACCCUGCUCUUACUUGCUGGGGUAGGAGACCUGCAAACUACACUUCCCAGAAGUCUGGCCGGCUGGCUUCCCAUUAAGUUCUGCCAACAGGCGGUAUUGGCAGAACUGGAGGCAGGAGGAGCCUUCUCUUUCUUUCUGAUGGGAAUCCUGACAGCUGUUCCCAUGUGGCCACGGCAGUAGCAGUUAUAGCAGCCCGGAAUGCUGGCUCAGGAAGCCUGGUUCCAGCUGUAAUCACCUUGGCGGCUCUGAUUGUAGGUUCAAUGUAACACCAUUUCCCCCUUUUGUUCCUCUAGCCUAAGAGUGGUGAUGGCUUGCUGCAGUUACUUAUCUUUGUGAUCAAUCCCCUACAAUAUAUAUUCCCUCUCUUUGAAAUGUCUACAGUGGUUUCUGGAUUUCCUGAUUGAAUGCCAGGUGAUACAAAUAUUUUGAGCAAAGGAAGGUCACAGUCUGAUUGUGUUUUAAUAAGCUUCUCUGGCUGCUGUGUUGACAAAAGACAUCGUGGAGCCAAAGUAUAAGUGGGAGCCCAGUUAGGAGACAAUUGCAAUAAUUCUGGUGACAGCUAGUGGUGGCCUGGGCCAGUGUGGUACUAGAGGAAGUGGUAUAAGUGGUUAGAUUAUGGAUAUAUUUUGAAGGUUAGAGCCAUAGAGUCUGUCUCCUGUCCUUUGUACCGAGAGAUAUUGCCCAUGACUGCUGUGUGCAAACCCUAUCUGUGGAGAUAAGUAAAAUACCCACUUCUUGGUUUGUGAUCUCCAAGCAUUGCCUCUGGUUUGAGCACUGCCAUGGGUAAGCUUACUGUCAUGAGUAUAGUUGGCCAACUGAUACUCCUAAGACUGCAAGAGUUCCUUCAGAGCUAGGAACAAUUAUGAUGGUUUAAAAAUAUCCUAGUGAUGCUGGGACAGUUGGUUGGGACACCUGGUUAAGCGUCUGGCUCUUGAUUUUGGCUCAGGUAUGAUCUGAGGGUUGUGAGAUCAAGCUCCAUGCCAGGGUCCAUGAGAUUCUCUCUCUCUCUCUCUCUGCCCCUCCCCCCACUCAAGUGCGUGUGGGUGCACAUACACACACUCUCUCUCUAAAUAAAAAAAAAAUCUUAAAAAAAUCCUAGUGAUGCUAUAAUUAAAAUAAUGCUAUGCCUUUUAAAUGCUCCAAAAGUUUUAACUAUGUCAGCUAUAGUUCAAUUUAAAAAGUUUUAAAUUAAUAUGAAGGUUUUCAGAAGACAUAAUAUCUAUCCAUUUACUUAUUCAUUGAGGCGUUUCUCACUGACUUUCUACUAUUGUCCAAGUAUUUAUACUUGACUGUCAGGAUUGAAAGAUGAAAAUACUCUUAGUAUUUAUCAUUAAUGAGAUAAUAAUUUCAGGCUUCUGAGUCAGCAUGAUAAAUGAAUCUGGUUGUAGAACUCUGGAGGACACUUCCACUACCCUUUGCUACUGACUCCUAGUGAUUCUGUUCCUCUGCUUGGCCAGGUUAGCUGGGUCUGCUAUGGGGGCUUUAUUACUGAAUUUCUUUAUUUCUUUACUUAUUUGAACAAUCACAUAUUACCUGUACUGUGUGCAGGACACUGUUCUAGGCACUUCACAGUAAGUCCAUUUGUCCUAACAAUUGAAUUCAUCCUGUGUAUCGUCAUCUGUUAGCCCCACACAUGCCAUUCCUUCUCACAUCACAUCCACACAGACCACGAACAUGCAAAACCUUUCAGUGACCAUCACACACAUCUUGCUGGACUAGGCUCUUGUGAAGGUAACACACUGUACUGAAAAUGGGGGUGGUAAGCAGGGCGUUGAGACCAUGUUGUAGUAACACCUCACCCUCACUUAGCAAUAUUGGUUUUGCUGGUGUGCUGGUCCCUUAGAACCAUCCCUCCUGGUUCCUUCUGUCUUUUCUGCCUUUCCAUCCCAGUGCACCCUCUGUCCUUCUAACUCUGCUAGACGGAAUAACUCAUCUCUGUGGCCCCUCUUCCCAAAUGUGGCUUAGCCUCUACACCUAUCUACUCCUUCACACAAAGAUCUGCAGGGCCAGAAGGUUUCCCCUCAUGCACCCCACCCUUCUUGAAAGUCGCUUGUGCUUUGCAAGGUCUCUUAUCUUCCCCUCCCUGCCUGUUGAUUCUGUGGGGUAAAGGAGACCGUACCUUUCUGCCUUAAACCUUUGCUGCUAGAACAACUCUGCUCCUUUCUGUGUGUAUUUUGGCUUCCAGGUAAAAUCGCUUUUAAAGAGAGAGUUGCACAUUGAAAAUGUUUUUUGAAGUCCACAUUAAGCAUGAACUGUGUAACCCAUAAUGUACCUUUCCAAAUGAAACUGACCAAAGACAUCAAUUAAGCUUAUAUUUGUAAGAAAGAUGAUGACAUUCUUACUCUAUGUCUUCCACAAAUAUGAAUCAUUCUGGUAAUAUAUUCAUUUAGACUGAUGCCUGUGACAUUUAUAAAAAGUUUCUAUGGUUCACUAGAGUUUAAUCUGAGUGAAUUUUAUGAUAAAGGUAAAUUUGAAAGAAGUGUUUGCAGUUGUUUUUAUCACCUGUCCUAAUUAGUUGCAUCUUAUUUUCUAAUUAAACGCAGUAAUUACAGAGAGUUCACAUUCAUGCCAUUAUGUGAGAGAAAUGGAGUUCUGUCAAUGUUGGAAUUAUGGCAUAUAAUUUGUAAAGAACAUGUAAAACCCAGAGAAGAGAAGACC